GCCGGCCAGCCGGCCACCAUGAAGUCCAGCGGCCCUGUGGAGAGGUUGCUCAGAGUCCUGGGGAGGAGGGACAGCAGCCGGGCCACCAGCAGGCCUAGGAAAGCAGAACCACACAGCUUCCAUGAGAAGGUUUUCCGGAAGAAAGCUCCAGUGUGUGCAGUAUGUAAGGUGACCAUCGACGGGACCGGUGUCUCGUGCCGAGUCUGCAAGGUGGCCACACACAGAAAAUGUGAGGCAAAGGUGGCUUCACCCUGUCAGGCCUUGCCCCCUGCAGAGCUGCGGAGAAACACCGCCCCAGUCCGGCGCAUAGAACACCUGGGCUCCACCAAGUCUCUGAACCACGCCAAGCAACGCAGUACGCUACCCAGGAGCUUCAGCCUGGAUCCGCUCAUGGAGCGUCGCUGGGACCUGGACCUCACCUACGUGACCGAGCGGAUCUUGGCGGCAGCUUUCCCUGCACGGCCAGAGGAGCAGCGACACCGGGGCCACCUGCGCGAGCUAGCCCAUGUGCUGCAAUCCAAGCACCGGGACAAGUACCUGCUAUUCAACCUGUCUGAGAAACGACAUGACCUGACCCGCCUGAACCCCAAGGUACAAGACUUUGGCUGGCCUGAGCUGCACGCCCCACCUCUGGACAAGCUGUGUUCCAUCUGCAAAGCCAUGGAGACAUGGCUCAGUGCCGACCCUCAGCACGUGGUAGUGCUGUACUGCAAGGGGAGCAAGGGAAAGCUUGGGGUCAUCGUCUCGGCCUACAUGCACUACAGCAAAAUCUCCGCAGGGGCUGACCAGGCGCUGGCAACUCUCACCAUGAGAAAAUUCUGUGAGGACAAGGUGGCCACGGAACUGCAGCCCUCGCAGCGCCGCUACGUCAGUUACUUCAGCGGGUUGCUGUCUGGCUCCAUCAGGAUGAACAGCAGCCCCCUCUUCCUACACCACGUGUUUGUGCCCGUGCUGCCAGCCUUCGAGCCCAACACAGGCUUCCAGCCCUUCCUCAAGAUCUACCAGUCUAUGCAGCUGGUCUACACAUCUGGAGUCUACCGCAUUGCAGGCCCGGGACCCCAGCAGCUCUGCAUCAGCCUGGAGCCAGCCCUCCUCCUCAAAGGCGAUGUCAUGGUAACCUGCUAUCACAGAGGUGGCCAGGGGACGGACCGGACCCUCGUGUUCCGAGUUCAGUUCCACACCUGCACCAUCCAUGGACCACAGCUCACCUUCCCCAAGGACCAGCUAGACGAAGCCUGGGCUGAUGAGCGGUUCCCUUUCCAAGCAUCAGUGGAGUUUAUCUUCUCCUCCAGCCCCGAGAAAGUCAAAGGCAACACCCCACGGAACGAUCCCUCCGUGUCGGUGGAUUACAACACAACAGAGCCUGCUGUACGCUGGGAUUCCUACGAGAACUUCAACCAGCACCACGAGGACGGCGUGGACGGCUCCUUGGCCCACACAAGGGGCCCCCUGGAUGGCAGCCCUUAUGCCCAGGUGCAGCGCGUGCCCCGCCAGACCCUACCAGCCCCCGCCCCAGAGCUCCCCCCACCCCCGGUGCUAUCUGUCAGCAGCGACUCUGGCCAUUCUUCCACACUCACCACAGAAGUCACAGCCGAGUCCCCUGGCCGGCCUCCCCCAACUGCUGCCGAGCGGCAGGAGCUGGACCGAUUGCUGGGAGGCUGUGGGGUGGCCAGCGCGGGGCGUGGGGCCGGGCGGGAGACAGCCAUCCUCGAUGAUGAAGAACAGCCCUCGGUGAGCGGAGCCCCGCACCUUGGGAUGUACUCGGGCCACAGGCCUGGCCUCAGUCGCCACUGCUCCUGCCGUCAGGGCUACCGGGAGCCUUGUGGAGUCCCCAACGGGGGCUACUACCGGCCUGAGGGAACCCUUGAGAGACGACGGCUGCCCUGUGGGGGCUAUGAGGGACACCCCCAGGGCUACGCAGAAGCCUCUGUGGAGAAGAGGCGCCUCUGCAGGUCACUGUCAGAAGGGCCCUACCCAUACGCGCCUGAGCUGGGGAAGCCGGCGGCCAAUGCGGACUUUGGCUACCGCUCAGCAGGCUUCCGGGAGGUGGUGAUCCUGGAGGACCCUGGCGUGCCGGCUUUAUGCUCAUGCCCAGCCUGUGAAGAGAAGCUGGCGCUGCCCACAGCCGCCCUGUAUGGACUGCGACUAGAGAGGGAGGCUGGAGAGGGUUGGGCCAGCGAGACGGGCAAGCCUCUCCUGCACCCAGUGAGGCCUGGACACCCAUUGCCUCUGCUGGUGUCUGCCUGUGGGCAUCACCAUGCCCCCGUGCCUGACUACAGCUGCCUGAAGCCACCCAAGGUGGGUGAGGAAGGGCAUGCGGGCUGCCCCUGUGCCAUGUGCCCUGAAGGCAGGUACGGGCAUCCUGGGUACCCAGCCCUAGUAACCUACGGCUAUGGAGGAGCAGUUCCCAGCUACUGCCCAGCAUAUGGCCGGGUACCUCACAGCUGUGGGUCCCCAAGUGAGGGCAGAGGAUACCCCAGCCCUGGUGCCCACUCACCACGGGCUGGUUCUGUGUCCCCGGGAAGUCCACCCUACCUGCAAUCCAGGAAGCUGGGCUAUGAGAUUCCUGUGGAGGAUGAGAGACACAAGUACCCACUGCCUGGGCACCCGGCCUCUACGGGACCCUUGGCAUCUGCAGAGUCACCCGAGCCAUCCUGGAGGGAUGGCUCCAGUGGACACAGCACACUGCCUCGGUCUCCCCGAGAUGCCCAGUGCAGUGCCUCUGCAGAGUUCUCUGGCCCUUCCACGCCCGUGCACACCAGCAGUCCAGUCCAGGGCAAGGAAAGCACCCGGCGGCAAGACACCAGGUCUCCCUCCUUGGCACCCACUCAGAGACUGAGUCCUGGCGAGGCCUUGCCCCCUGUUGUCCAGGGAGGCCCUGAAAAGGCUCCUGAACUGUUGACUAGCAGCAGGCCUGAGCCACUGGACCCUAGCUCCUUCUCCCCACCCAGCUCACCCAAUGGCUGGCCUCAGGAAAAAAGCCCAGGGGGCCACGUCAACAGUGCCAGUCCUCGGGGCCCUGUGCCAGCCACCCUGCCCGGACUCCGCCAUGCCCCGUGGCAGGGCCCUCGGGGCCCCCAAGACAGCCCAGAUGGCUCCCCCCUUACUCCUGUGCCUACCCAGAUUCCCUGGCUGGUGGCCAGCCCAGAGCCACCCCAGAGCUCGCCCACCCCUGCUUUCCCCCUGGCUGCCUCCUAUGAUGCCAACGGUCCGGCUCAGCCUCCACUUCCCGAAAAACGACACCUGCCUGGGCAGCAGCCAGCACCGCCAGCCAGAAGCACCAAUCCACAUGUCACCUUUGCACCUCCUCUCCCUGAUGUCACUCCAUCCCCAGAGCACCCUCCUCUAGAGAACCAAAGCAACGUCAAGUUUGUCCAAGACACAUCCAAGUUCUGGUACAAGCCGCACCUUUCCCGUGACCAAGCCAUUGCUCUGCUCAAAGACAAGGACCCUGGGGCCUUCCUGAUCAGGGACAGCCAUUCAUUCCAAGGAGCCUAUGGGCUGGCCCUCAAGGUGGCAACAGCGCCACCCAGUGCCCAGCCCUGGAAAGGGGACCCCUUGGAACAGCUGGUCCGCCAUUUCCUCAUUGAGACUGGGCCCAAAGGCGUGAAGAUCAAGGGUUGUCCCACGGAGCCCUAUUUUGGCAGCCUGUCAGCGCUGGUCUCUCAGCACUCCAUCUCUCCCAUCUCCCUGCCCUGCUGUCUGCGGAUUCCAAGUAAAGAUCCUCUGGAAGACACCCCAGAGGCCCCAGUGCCCACCAACCUGAGUACAGCAGCAGACCUUCUGCGCCAGGGGGCAGCCUGCAGCGUGCUGUACCUGACCUCUGUCGAGACAGAGUCACUGACGGGCCCUCAAGCUGUGGCCAGGGCCAGCUCUGCCGCUCUGAGCUGCAGCCCCACCCCUGUUCCAGCCGUUGUCCACUUCAAGGUCUCAGCCCAAGGCAUCACACUGACCGACAACCAGAGAAAACUCUUCUUUCGCCGCCAUUACCCAGUGAGCAGCGUCACCUUCUCCAGCACUGACCCCCAGGACCGCAGAUGGACCAACCCAGAUGGAACCACCUCCAAGAUAUUUGGUUUCGUGGCCAAGAAGCCAGGAAGUCCCUGGGAAAAUGUGUGUCACCUCUUUGCGGAGCUUGACCCAGACCAACCAGCGAGUGCUAUUGUCACCUUCAUCACCAAAGUUUUACUGGGCCAGAGGAAAUGAAAGAAAGCCACAAGCUCCAAGGCCACAUCAACACUGCGCCCUCCCAGCAGCCACAGUCCUCACUGCCCUGGCCUGGACCCAGGAGCUGGUGCCAACUCUAUCAAAGAGGGAGUGGCUCCAGCCUGGGCCUCUGCAUUUCCUGCCCCUGCCUGCUAAGC